AUGCAUGCCAGUUGCAAAAGUGAAAAUGUUGAAGUCAAGAGCGUAAAUGAAAAAAACACUUUGGUAAAGGGAGGUGUAACAGCAUCUCUGUUGACUAUCGCACCAAAUUCCCUAAAUGAAUCUUCAAUUCUAUUUCUUGGUAGCAAAAACUACACUAUAGGUGUAGAUUCUGUUGGGAAUUUUGCCUUUAAUGCUCAGAACACUCCUAUGAUAAUCGUAGACAAUAACCAGACUAUUUCAAUGCACAUGUCGACCUUUUCGGUGAAGAACGUCGAUCUUGGAGGAGAUUUAGUCGUUCAGGGUAUAACUCAAUUCCGAAUGAUUUGGCGGGAAGAGUUUACAGAUAGCAAGGGAUGGUCUGGAUCGGUUGAUAAGUUGGGGGUGUCAAACUGUUCUGGUAUUCAAAUGCUGGGAGGAUACCAAAACUUUGGAAGAGGUCAUGUAGAAAAAACCUUCAUUGAACUUCCAGAACACAAGGAACUUAGAAUAAGGGCGACUUUUCAUUUUAUAGACCAAUGGGUCGGUGAGACAGGUUACAUGAAAUUGGGAACUCCAGAUGGAAUAAUGGAAUAUGUAUGGACAGAUAGACACUUUCACAAGGAAGAUUUUAACACAAAUAUAUGCGGAGGAGAAACGGGGGACGAUAAAUUUUCAGUUCCUAUCGAUGUAACAGUACUUCACAAUUCAGAGAGGUUUACAAUUGCUUUUGGAAGCACUAUUGUAGGAGAUUCAGAUAAACAAUCUUGGGGCAUAUCUGGGCUUGAAAUUCACAUUAGAUAA